AUGAAAUGCAACACUGUUUUUGCUUUUAGGCGGUCAGUAUUGGAGACUGCGGCCUUGCAAAACCGGACUCGAUUGCCAACUCUUCAAGAUUUCAGAUGGAGAGUUGAUGUGGCUAUUUCUUCCAGUUCUUUGACCCGUGCCUUGCAGCCUGCUAUACUGAUGCAGUUAAAACUGUCGAAUGGUAACGUCCAUCGUUUUGAAGUCCCAGUUUCGAAGUUCCAGGAAUUGCGGUACAAUGUUGCCCUAAUCCUGAAGGAAAUGAAUGACUUGGAAAAGAGAAGCAUUUUGAAAAUUCAAGAUUAGCAUAUUUGUCAUCAAAACAAAACUGUAAACCAGUGUUAUAUGUCAGGACCUAAUAUACAGAGCCUUUACGUCCAAGGCAAUCUAGCUUUAUUAAAGCUGCCUUACCUAGAAAACUUUUCAUUUUAUUUGUCGCGUUCACAGUCAUCCAAAUCAUUUCUUGUGAACUGUGAUCACUGGUGUGUCACGGCUUCUUGAAUUAAUUUUGGUAUUCAACAGCCUUAAAAUGGCCUGUCUGUCUUUGACGCAAGCUGUAUAUCAGUUAAAGGCUGAGCAACUGGCUUGAUAGAUCAGCCCAAGUCACCCAACUGCACUGGAGUUUAUGUAAUCAGGAAAAUUACAUUGGCAGUAGUCUGUGUAUUGAGUGGUAGAGAGAGGGGAAACUUAAAUUGUGGAGUAAAAUUAAAAAAUGUUAUGCAAGAACUUUAAUAAACAAGACUAAUAGUGUAAGUUACAACUGGAAAAUGAUUAAAGAAUGAGCUUUUCCAUGUUUGAACAUGACCAGCCCUUUUAUGUAAGCUUUUAAGUUGAGUGAUCUUUAGCUUGUACAAUAACAGAUCUAGUUUCAAAUAUGAUAAAAUCUCAAAACUGGUAGAACAUGUUAUAUAAGGCACCAUACUUCGUCAUUUGUUUUUUUAGUAUGGUAAAGUUUCUGACCAGUGCAGAACACAAGCAUUGUGUUUGUGGCUACAAGUCAAUGAAAAAUCCAUCCAUAGAUAGGAAGUAUGUUUGUGUAGAUUCACACAUAUACUAGACUAUUUAUCUUGCUUCAAGGAUCUUGCAUUCGGAUAGAAACUAUUGAUGUCAAAUCUUCAGACGUACACUGUAACAGCCCAGUUGUUUAUCAGUUGAAGCCACAUGCUUUUGGUGUAAGUCUCUCUCCUAAAACUGAUAGGAACUGGGAAACAAUUGAAGUAAUAAAGUGUUUGAACCUGU